AUCGUCUCACCGUCCCCGCUCAUCCCUUCCAUCUCUGUUGUUGACCAUCAUCAUCCCUCUUGCACUCGAACAACGCGCAUAUAUUUACCUUUUCCACGUCUUCCAUAUCCCCUAACCAAUAUCCCUUCAACAACACUACCCAAGAUGCCUGACAUUCGCAACUUCCGCGCUUUUAUCACGGUCGAUGGCGAGCCCUUGCCAGAGUACAAGCUUGAGUUUGAAAAUGAAGGAAAUACCGUCCGUUGUUGGAUCCCCAGCGAGUAUGGCAAGGAAUUUUCUGUUCAUUGGGUGGAUAGGGCGCGCGUCUCCCAGACUGCUGGCUACGUUUACGUCGAUGGCGAACACUGCGGUGGUCGCUUCAUUCGUCCUCAGGAUCGCGAUGGCCAUGCGUACCUUGACAACCGUCCUCUGGACGAUUAUACCAUGGCGAGCUUCAAGUUCGGCAGCAUGGUGCUCACUGACGAGGACCAAGGGGUGGAGGAAGCGCAUGUCGUUAAGGAGAUCGGCAUGAUCAGACUGGUGGUCAAGGAAGGUACCAUCGGUGAUCACUAUACCCACAAUUACAAAGCCAUCGCGCAUAAGCCCGUCAAUGAACGGAUGAAGAAGGUGGGUGGUCACCGCGUCGUACUCGGAGCGCAGAAGAGCGCGCCGCAGACGUGGAAGCACUUCCACCCAUUCAAGAUCCCGCCCGUUGUGUUCAUUUUUCAGUAUCGCCCGAUGGACCUGCUGAAAGCCAUGGAUAUUGCUACACCUGAACUUGGUCAGGCGCGUGCCGCCACACCUCCUCGCCGUCACACUCCUGCACGGAGCAGUCCUCCCAGGAGAGUCAAGCGAGAGGAACGCCUCUCACCCGCGAGAAGCGAGUCCGAAGUCUCGAGUGUGAUCAAAGCCGAACAGGACCCUGACGCCACCCUUGUUUCUCUCAGCACUCCUGUGAGGUCCGCCACCAGCGACAAGCAGCGCGAGCCUCGUUCUGCUGAAGCGAGCUCUUCUCACGGCAAGCGGGGAGAGAAACGCAAAAUCGAGGUCAUCGAUCUCACGCUUUCGGACGAUGAAGACGACUCCGCUGCCGCGAGUAGGACCGCCAGAGGCAGCGGUAGCAGUGACACCAGCGACAGGCCCGCCAAAAAGGUCAAGAUGGAGCACAUAGAGGAGGAGCGCAUGCUCGCCUCUAUUCCUAAGCGGACCAGGCGCAAGUCGCCGAGCACCAUUGAGGUCGUCGACUUGACCGUGUCAUGCGGUGCCCGCCCUUCUCCCUCUGCUGUUGCUGUCGUGUUCGCAUCAAAGGUCGUACCUGCUGAUUAGUCCUGAUUAUCUGUUCAUUUCGAUGGACACUCUGAAUAUCUCCUGUUGAUUGCGAUAUCAUGUCAUCGGAUUACCCGCGCUGUUUUCGUUUCCCGUCUUUUGUACAUUUUCUACACGAAAUUUCUCUGUAUCUUUCCUCUGCUGGUUGUUGACUGUUCAUGUAACGUAUCUCGAAGCAAUAACUCCAUCAUGUAUUGCUGGUCACCUAGUAGUACUAGUAAUCGAC